AUGGCAUCUAUAACGUCUUAUUGGACCUUGGACAGCUUGAUAAUUCUAAUAGUUUCUAUAAUAAUUGCCUAUUUUUAUAUGACACGUAAGUUCAAAUAUUGGAAGCAGCGUGGCGUUGCGGAAAUAUCACCGACACCUUUCACGGGCAAUUUUACGGAAUGCGCACUUAUGAAGAAAGCACCGGGAUUGCUAUUGCAUGAGUUACACAAACAAGCUAAGGGUGAACCUUACGUCGGAUUAUUCAUGUUUGAUAAGCCCUUCUUAUUGAUCCGCGACCCAGAAGUUAUCAAGCACAUCCUAGUAAAGAAUUUUAAUCAAUUCUGCAAUCGAUAUUUUAUACCUAAUGAGACAGAUCGUCUAGGUUACGCGAAUCUCUUCUUUGUAAACAAUCCAGUAUGGAAAAUGCUAAAAUUGAAAAUGACACAGGCUUUUACACCCAAUAAACUGAGGAAGAUGGUGAAUUUGAUAGACGAAUGCGCGAAGAAUUUAGUCAACUAUUUGGAUUCGAUGGAUUUGGGAGAUGAUGGAAAGAUAAUAAACGUAAAAGAAUUAUGUGCUAAAUUUACCACGGAUGUGAUUGGUAGCACCGCUUUCGGACUCAACACAAAUUCUUUCAAACAUCCGGAUGCUGAAUUCUGCAGAUACGGCAACAUGAUUUUCUCGGGGCCUGUCCGCUCUUUUGAGAUAUCCAUGACAGUUUUCAUGCCAACACUAAGUCGCUUGUUCGGCGUGACAUAUUUUAGCAAACGGAUCGAUGCAUUUUUCCGUAAAGUCUUUUGGGAAACGAUGGCAGAACGCAUAGAAUCCGGCGAAACGAGAAAUGAUAUUCUUGAUAUUCUUAUCAAAUUGAAAGAUGAACACGGUGACGAGAAUAUUGAAGGAUUUAAAUUUGAUGGGGACGAACUAUUAGCACAAGCGGGAAUUUUCUUUGCGGCUGGUUACGAAACUUCCUCGACAACGAUGUCUUUUGCGUUGUACGAACUCGCGUUAAAUCCUGAAGUGCAGAACAGAGUAAGGAAAGAAAUUUUCGACACGCUUAUUGAAUGUGAUGGAAAAAUUACAUACGAAAUGAUCAUGUCAUUACCGUACCUUGAAAUGGUAUUUCUUGAAGUUUUGAGAAUGUACCCACCAUUAGAAUAUCUACAACGUGCAACCACCGAAGUUUAUAACAUGCCAAAUUCCAACCUUGUACUCGAAAAAGAUACACCGAUCUUUAUAUCAAUCCGUGGUUUGCAUUACGAUCCAAAAUAUUUCCCCAAUCCAGACAAAUUUGAUCCGGAGCGAUUCAAUGAGGAGAACAGACGCAAAAGGCCAGUGUGCGUUCAUCUUCCAUUUGGGGAUGGUCCACGUGGGUGUAUAGGUUCGCGUAUGGCACUUGUAGAGAUGAAGCUAGCUUUUAUAAAAUUCUUACUUAACUUUGAAGUGACACCUUGUGAAAAGACUUUGAUACCUAUGAAACUUGAUCCUAUGGGCUCUAUGACGACGCCUAUAGGAGACGCAGUGCAUCUCAAUGUACAAAAAAUUAACACUGGUGAAGAAUUGAAAAGAGCGUUAUAUAAAGCAGACCGUAGACGGUCAUCAGUAUUCCGAUUAGUAUAUAAUAAUGUUGCACAAUAUUUUAAUGAUCGUUUUUAG